AUGUCUACAAAAGGUGAAUCGACCCGUUUGAAACCAAAGAAUGCACCUCUCAUUGAGGAAAUUAGUGAUGAUGAAGAAGAAGUCACAAUUGAAGAAGAAAAACCAAAGAUUUCAAAGAGACAAGAAAAGAGGGAGAGAAAGGCUUCAAGAAUGAUGGAUCCUGCUGCUACUGAAGACAAUGAUUCCGAAGAAUUAAAAGCCCUCAAAAGAGAAGUUCUCAAAAAAGCAUUCAGCACAUUUAAAGAGACUGAGGAAAAGAAACAAACAAACAAGUCAGCAAUUGCCUACAACUUUAUUGUCUUUGUUUUCAUUGUCUCAGUGCUAUCCUUAUUUAUUUUUCAAGCAUUUAUCAUGAAGAUUGCACCAACAGAUGUAAUUACUCCAAAAGAAACUCAGGAAUUAUUCUCUGGCAACAGCUCAAUCAAGGCCUUUAAUAUUCUAUUAGGUAUGGCAUACUCUCCUAGACUUACUCUCCUCUAUUUGGCUGUCACUGAUAGACAAGUUAUUGUGGAUCUUUUUGACAAGUCUGGAUUAGUUUUUGGAAAGGACAAGAACAGCUAUCUUGAUUUGAGUCUUAAGGUGAUGGGGUGUGCCAUCUCUCCACGUUUAUUCUUCAUUUUACAGAGUGCCAACGUGUUGAUUGAUAGACAUUAUGAUCUUGUUGAGAGUGGAACAGUUUUUUCUGUAAUUUCAGAACAACUUCAAGACUUUGGAGGUCUCUACUCUUUGGUUACUGACUCCUUCUGGAAGAAUGACAAGACAUUUGAGACUCUCUUCUUUUCAUUCUCAAUUUUCUGUCAAGUAGUAUUUUUAAUCUUUGACUUUGCUUCGAGAAUUGGAUUUUUCAAGAGAGGAGUUAAAUUCUUAAUCAUGCUUCUCCUUUGGGUUGUAUUGAACUCUUACUUUAUCCCUCCAAUGAUUUUGUCUUACAUGUUCAAGAUUACCUAUUUCAUUCAGCCUGGAUUAACUUUGAUCAUGUACUUGACUGAAAGUUUGGAAAUCAAAUACGAAAAGCAAUUACUCGAUUCUCAAGAAAGAGAACAAAGAGAAGCCUUCUUAAAGGAUGCUCGUGAAACUUUGAAAAAGGCUCAACAAUCCAAAAAGCAAGAAUAA